CAAUUUCUCGCGCAUUGUGUUACGGUUCUCACGUGUAAAGGUUCUCGACGAUCCGCUGCAGCCAGCAAUCACUCUACUUACUGUUAGAUCGAUGCCAGAUACUUUCGUGGCAUCGCCGCUUGUGACUCAACUUUGAUAGAUUCUGUAAACGUUUCUCCUGAAUUUCUAAUUAUUCCUUAUAUUGUAAUAUAAUCCUUAAACGAUAAUUUUUAAAUCUCAGUUUCGUUCAAAAGCUAUAUAAAAAUCGUGGUAGUGGUUGUUCUGCCCUGUGGUAUCAUAGAAUGUGAUAUGUAUAAUUUGUUACCACCUGAUGCUCGGGCUUCAGUGUUGACAGUUUUGUAAUGUUCUCUGCAGUUGCCUAUCAACUGUCAUCAACUUUUUUGGAAGAGCAAAAGCUGUGCUGCGGGCGCGGAGCCAGGGUCGCCAUGUCGAAGAAGCCGGCGGCGCAGCCCACGCUGCACAAGGUCAUCAUGGUGGGGUCGGGCGGCGUGGGCAAGUCGGCGCUCACCCUGCAGUUCAUGUACGACGAGUUCGUCGAGGACUACGAGCCCACCAAAGCCGACAGCUACAGGAAGAAGGUGGUGCUAGACGGGGAGGAGGUGCAGAUAGACAUCCUGGACACGGCGGGGCAGGAGGACUACGCCGCCAUCCGCGACAACUACUUCCGCUCCGGCGAGGGCUUCCUCUGCGUCUUCUCCAUCACGGAGCCCGAGAGCUUCGACGCCACGCAAGAGUUCCGAGAACAGAUCUUGCGCGUGAAAAACGACGAGAACAUUCCAUUCCUCCUGGUGGGCAACAAGUCGGACUUGGGCGACAAGCGGCGCGUGCCGCUCGACGCGUGUCGCGAGCGCGCCGCGCACUGGCAGGUGCCCUACGUCGAGACCUCGGCCAAGACGCGCGACAACGUUGACAAGGUGUUCUUUGACCUGAUGCGCGAGAUCCGCUCGCGCAAGUCGGACGACAGUCGCGCGACUAACGGCGACGUGAAGAGGAAGCCGCGCAGGAAAAUCAAAUGCGCCAUUUUGUAGGUCCCGACGCGACUGUCGCGGGGUGCGCGCGCGCUCUGACGGGACUGCGGUCGAUACGGUCUAAGGACUCCGCCGCUAGUGUGUUUAGUGCGGCCAGUGCGGUUAGUGCAGUUUGUGCGGACGCCGACGUCGGCGAAGUGGCGCGCUUUAGUGUCGGCUCGCAUUGGUUGGCGUACUUACUUCAAUAUGGACCUUAUGCUGUAAGAAAUAAUGUGUAUAUUGCAAUAAAAGAUAUUCAAAGUGGUGUUAUCUUGCUUAUGCAGUUGUAUUUUAGCUAAUAGUCAUCACAAACUACAAAUGCGGUAGCAGGUAUCAAAAUGCAAAGAGAAUGCGUUGUGCUUUAUUUUUUACAAAAUAAAGUCCAUAUUCGAUUGCUCUACAUAAACUAUACACUGCCAAUGUGUGCCGGCCCUUCACUCUGUCUCUGAUUUAAUGUUGCGUGAGGGUUGUCACUGAUUGUUCCACUGUCACUAUUGAGAUGGAAACACACUUAAAACGCGGUGCGUUUCUUCGAGUAUGUCUCCAUCUUUUUUGUCUAGUAUACGGUUUACGGUUAGUAAAGCGGCAAUGCUAUGCAAUGUGUCACUGUUCGCCCUACUUGGUGCUGGUAUUAUACUGGGAUACUGUUCAUGAUGAACCGCCGAGACUGUAUUAUAUAAAUAAUCAAAUGGUUUCUUUUUAUAAGAUUUGUGUAUAAAUAAAGUGACUUUAUCCGAUGCUUUGUCGAAAUGAUAAAUAAUUUAUUCAAAGAAAGUAAAACGUAUGUGAGUUAUUUUAUCUGUCACCUCAUUACUCACACACACAUACACCAUGCUUGUGUAGUAUUUGCGAAAGGACGUGACGUCACUUAACAGUGGCCGUAAGCGACAUCUUGCCCUUAUUCACAAACAUCACAUGAAGCACACAGUGACCAGUGAUUGUGUUGAGGUACCAAAUAAAAAUAAUUGAGAUAUUUAAGUGUAUUAUGUAAUUACGACUGUGAGGGUAGGUACAUCAUGAACGGAUUUCUAUAAAUAAAUUAUUAGUUAUAUAUAGAGCGUCGCGCUUGCAUGUUGUUUUUAUAUUUGCAAUUUGCAAUAUUUCUAUGAGGUUUAGUACACGCUACACUUGGCCGAUUGAAUUUGAUCUCCUGUUUAUUAAAAAAAUUAUAAAUAAAAUAAAUGAUUAAUAAAUUUUCAAUAGUAAUGAUAAUAACUUAAUUAAUAUUAUAUAUUCAAUAUGUAAAAUAUUAUAGGAUAUACGCUUGUAAAACAUCACGGUAUGUUUGUCAUAUGAUUUGACUCGACACCGUUGGUGUGGCGUUAUAAUUACAAUACGGCGCCAUUUUGCAUUUUUGGUACUGAGCUCUUAGGAUAAGUUAUUACUUGUAAAUCGGAAAAUUUUAUACAACCACAUUACAUAUUGUCAAAUUAAUUCAAUUCCAGAAGAUUUUUAUAAUCCCUUAUUAAUUGAUAAUUUCUAGGUUUAUUUAUUUAAUUUAAAUAAAUAAACAAUUAUGCGCGCUUUCUCCCUCGAAUAUUCCGUCGAAUCGCCAAGUAACGUGUAUUUUAGUCGCAAAACAAACACUUAAGAUAAUUUUCUAUAUUUAUUUUAGAAUUUAAGUGCUGAAUGUGUUGUGUUAAUGCGUAAAUGUUGUGCGCUUAGUGUUUAUAGAAGUCGAAGCGAAAAAAAAUUACACGAUUUGAAAUAUGUACAUAAAGCGAUCUUGCAGCAUUGCUGUCAUUUCGUUUGUAACAAUAAUUUUCUAAAUCUUUUUAAAUAUGACAACUAGUCCACCAUUCCAACUAGAAAAAUGAGGUUUGUUUAAAGAUAUUAAAUGGUGGCAUGUACGAGAUAAACUUGUUUAAUUUUUUUUUCCUCACCGAUUAUUCUAUAAAUACUAACAGUUAUGUAAGUGAAUGUGUUGCUCACUGGAUGGCGAUAAAUUGACAAAUCGUUUCCUUUCGCUUUAUAUUUCGAAUUUAGUCUCAUAAUUGCCUCUCAUUAUGAUUUAGUUCCAAGCAUUUUGGUUAAAGCAAAUUGUUGCUUAUGUCUUUAAUGUAUUUUAGAUUCUAUUAGAUUGUAAAUAUACAAUCGUAUGCUAAGCGAUUUAGAACUUAUUUUAUAGUACCUACAUUUUACCUGCAUACGCUAUAAAGUACCUACAGUUAUGCAUAUAAUAUAUUUGACAAGUUUGGUGCAAUGUCAAGACCGAAUAUAAAAUAAAAUCGAUCGACGAUCAAUUAAAUAAUUAAAUAAAAUAAAAUAAGGCAUUUUAUUAAAAUGUGAUUUCGCGAUCGACGUGUAGGCACAAUGGAACUAUUCGUAGAUGCUGGUUUAAUGAACUUAAAAGCUGAUUUUAUUAAUAUUUUAACAUCAAUGACCUAAAGGUUCAUGUCUCAUUUACUCCACUAUUUCAAGAUUUUUCUAUUCAACUAUUUUUCAAUUGCUAUUUCUAUUCAAUUGCAGUGAUAUUGGAUAUAUUGGCCUAUUUACCGAUAAUAAUAUACUAUAUAAAGGUAUAUAUUAUGCCUAGAUUGUCGAUGACAAUAAUACUAUAACAUAAUUUAUAUUUUGUCUUGGUACAUCCAUUAUAAUGUCACUGCAUAAUAAUUGUGUAUCUAAAUUAUUUAUUUCUAUAAUCGAAAGUAUACCUAUGGUAUCGAGCGGUACUAUACACGUCUGAUAAGAUUCGAACGCACAGAUCCUCUACCAAGUCAGUGCAGACCAUGGGAUUUGCCUUUAAUGUCUGCAUCAGAAAUGGGAUGUAAUAAUUUAUUCGCUUUUAAUUUCCUUUCUAAAUGUAGUCUGCGUUCGAAUCAAAUAUGCAAAUUCACAGUACUGCUUCUCAAUGCAGGUGUUAUACUUAAGCCAUACUCGGAUGUGCAUUGUAUACCAACAAAUAUAUAUAAAUGAGGGUAUAUAGCUAGUCGUUUCACACCUAAUAAUAAUUUUAUUAUAAUUAACUUGUUUUUAAAUUAAUGAAAAUAAAUUUGAUUAAUGAGCUUAGAACAAUUUAGAUAUGAUUAAUGUAUUUUGAAUAAUAUUUUCUAAAAAAAAAAACAAUAUAUAAUUUAAAAUAAAUAAGUAAAAUUACAUGCGUUUUGUAUCUUCAUUUCUAUUUAUUUUGUUGGUAAACAGUGCAUACUAAAACCAUAAUCGACGGAUUUAGUAUAGUAGGUUUUACGGCAUAAUAAUUUUAUCUAUAUAAAUAAACUAUAAUUACAAGAUGCAAUAUUUUAUUAUUUUCUUUAUAUGUUGAGUACAGUAAGUAAUUUAUACUCAUACGUGUGUAUGAUGCGGCUUAUUUAUAUAAUAUCAAUGCUAUUUUCGUUGUAAAAAAUAAAAAUAAAGACUUCAUUGGCGAUAUUAUAAUUACCAAAUGUCAUACUUAUUACAUAAGUACGCAAAGUUGCCCAUCAGUAGCAGGUUAUUUUUCCCACAACAGGACAUUUUUGCAGGGGUUUUUGAGUUUAGACCCAUAGAAUAAUAGAAAUUCAAAGUUAAAAAAUUUAAUAUUUCUUUCAAAACCAUAAUAAUAAUUAAUGUUUUAUAUCUAAAUUACCAUCGAUAUCUUUUUAUAAAUUAAAUUUCGUCAUUAUAUUUAUAUCACAUUACAUAUUUAGAUAUUUAAUUUUUACAAAGUAAUGUUUUUCCAUAAAUGACGUUCUGUUGAUCAUCUGCAUCUGUUGAUGUUAUUCAUUCAUGAUACUACCAAAAUUACUAAAAUUAUGAAAUUUAUUUAAUCUCUUAUUAACAAUAGAGAAAACUUAUACAGAAUCAACUCUGUAUAAUAAAUAUAUUACCAUAUGUAUAUUGUAUAUCGUAAUAUAUCAUUUACGGAAUAGUAACGUCUAAGACGAUGCGUCGAAUAUAGUAUCUGUAUGUGACCAUAUUAUCUGUUGUACGCGACUUGCUUAUACUUGAUACAGUAUUGCUUUAUAUUAUUAAUAUUCAGUUGAUAUCAUUUACAUUUAAAAAGGAUCUCAAGAUUGCUGGAGAAAUAUAUGGGACGCUGAGUCCUUUGAUUCUUCCUCAAUUCAAUAAUUCAGUAGACACUAAAAUUUCACCCAUGUACUGAAUACUUAACUGAAAUAAUACAAAUAUAUAAUUGUUUGAAUUGUUCUAAAUACAUUUAAUUUAAAUUUACAAUUACCAUUGUAAUUUGUACCUAAUACAGAAUAUCACUUACCGGCGAUAAAUCGGUUCACUGAUCGGUUAUUCAAAAAGUUGACCAAAAUUUUAACAACGAAAUAACCAAAUCACAAUAAGUAUCACUAAGACUUCUCACGAUGUUUGUAAAUUAUUGUAUUAGUUCAAAAAUUAUGUAUUCACAUAAUUAUAAAUUUGGUAUGAUUAUUAUUUUGAACUUAACUCUUCGCUGCCUUGUCUCUGACUGUAAAAUGACGAGAAUUCAUACUUUUUUAAUAUCUCCGAAGAGGCGAAAUCUAGAUUUUACAUUGUAUCGCGUUUAAAAAGUAGAGUAUGUCUCUGCCUUCAUUUCGAAUUACGACUUCAGUCAGGGGCGACUUGGUGUUACGUCAUCGUUAGACUUCCUAUAUAUUAUAAUACCUAUUUGUAAUUAGAUAUAUUCGUCUGUAUAAUGUAUAUCAUAUAUGCAAUGUAUAUCCGCUCCACAGAAUACAACUUUAUAAUGAAAUGAAAAGACAAGCAAAAAUUAUACUGAUUUGCAAAAU